CUCGCUUACCAGCGACUUCACGAACUUCAUAGCUUCAUUUGCCUCACUCCGUUAACUUGACUUGCUUGAUCCAGUGCGAGGUGAUUGUGCGUCUUCUGUGGUAGUGCGGCGACCACCAACAAGCGCAUAGGUUUUCUGUGCUAUCAUUUCCUGUGCUGUGGAAGCGGCGCUGGGACGUUGGUGAAAAAUGACAAGCUCGACUCAGCGACACAUCAAACCUUCUUUGGACGAUUUACCCAAACGGUUUGUGGUGGCCAUGAAGACUUUAUUCGAUAUUAUGGACGAUCAGAAGGCUGGUCACAUCAGUCUCAAGGAUAUAGAGGCACGGUGGGCGAGUGGUCGCGACGACGGUGCCUCGUCGGUUGUUCCCAACGGCGUUAUCGAGUCCCUGCAGAAGGUUACUCCGCCGAAUGGUCAGCUGACGUUCGAGCGCUUUUGCGCCGGGUUAAAGAUCUGUUUGCUCCGUCAUCGGGUGUCCAACCACCGCCAGCCUGGUCAGCAGGGCGUUCUGCAAAGACAUCGGAGCGUCGUGCCGCCCGCGCCGCCGCAACCUCUAGGUCAGGUCGCCGAACCAAGGGGACGGCCUUCGUCCGUGCCGCUCCCUGACCGUGUCGAAAGGUCAAGCGGGCAAGGAAACGGCCUCUCGAAGCCCUCGGCCAAGGUUUACAGUGGCUCGGACCGGUCCCUUAAUAGGUUGUCGGCAGUUCGGCCGCCUUCCAACACGGCCACGGUACGGCCCAGUGUUGUGGCCACGCAGCAGAGGUCCGUUAGUGUGCCGCACCUCCAAAACACGACGACGACAGGCGCCGAGCAGUCCAGGAUGUCAGGCGAUCCGCGUCGGGCUCCCGCGAACGCUCGCGAGUUGCCGAGCAAGCUAAGGGGUUACCGCAGUGACAACAGGCUGCACCACGGACCCCAGCAAGCGUCGGCGGAGCCGUCGGGAAUACUGCGAUUCAGCCGGGUGCGCAGCAAAACCCCCGACCCGAGUUCUGAGUUGGCCAAGAGUCAGCCGACGACGCAGGCCCACAGGCGCAAUCCGGACGUGCAGAAGGAGAACUAAGAACCCCGAGCAGGCAAAACGAAAAGCGUUCUGCCAGCUGCACCAGAGCGCAAGUUUCCCAAGAAGAAAGAGCCGCGUAGGCACACACUUGGUCACGGCAUAGAGUAUAACAUGCUGCGCCGCAUGAAGCAACUAGAGCAUGAAAAGGAUGCACUCCAGCAAGGUCUGCAGGCCAUAGAGCGAGCUAGGGAGUGGUACCAGCAGCGGAUCAGUGCUGUUCAGGAAAAAAUGCAGCAGGCUGGCAAGUGUCACGCUACACCAGAGUAUUCUAUGGAUGCCCAAGAUGAAAGACUCAGAUUCCAAAUGGCAAGAAUCUUGGACGCUAACCAGCACCUCAACGCAUUGAUUGACAGUUCAGAUAAGGGCUUCCCAACUCACAUGAAUUUGGCUGUACAGCCACCACCCUAUGAUGUUCAUCAAAACUCUAUAGUUCAGCGGCUGAAGGAGCAAAACCAUCUCUUAACCGAGGAAGUGAGCCAGAAAAGCGAAGUGAUCGCGCAGCUGGAACGAGAGAAAGCAACGCUGAUACGGGAGUUGUUCCAGGCUCGGUCGCAGCACAGGGCUGCAGUUGACGAGACAACUCUCAUGUGAAUGCAGGUCCUUCACAUUACCUGCUUACUUUGAAGGGCCACUGCCAUGAGUGCCAUCCCUUGCGAAAGGGCAGGGAGCUGUGAACACUUGUGCAAGACCUACUCUUCAACAUCCCCACAGACGCCAACAGCACACUCACUGCAGGGAUGUCGACAAAUACGGACAUUGUCCCGGUCACUCGAGCCAGGCUGGACAUGGGUUUGCUUUGGCCUCAUACUGGAACUGCUCGGGUAGCAGUGGAGAGCGUUAAAUCUUCAGGGCAGCUAGCCAGUAAGCCACUGCCAUCAGAAAUACAUCUUUGCAGGCAGCGUACAACAGAGCAAGUAUUUACCUUGCUAAUCUGACACAUUUCUUAGCCCUGUGUAACAGAGGUGCUCCCAGCCUCUACUGGUCACUCUGAGGCCACCUCUGGCAAUGUUUCUUUGCAGGACACUGUGUGUUGGGUUGUCAGAUUUGGUUGCAAAAUGUACUGCCAAAUGUGCCAGCUAGGAUCGUUUUGUACCAGCCGAACAACAGAUCCUCUUGCUCGCUAGACAUCAACAUCAUUGUGCUGCUGCUUAAAGCACUGCUGUUUUGAUCAUGCUGUGUGCCCACCCUCGGCGGAGGUUCUCUAGCAUGAUCAGGUUGUGGAGGGGUUUGCAGCAUUGAAGCAGUAGUUGCAUUGUUUUCCCUAUUUUGUCACCAUUUGUUUGCGGGUGUGUGCACUCCACUUUAGCUCAGUGCAUGUGGUACCUGGAAUGAUCAGCCAGUCAUGCAUGUACAGAGGUCAACAUACUUGUUUGGAACGCUGGAGCGUCAGGCUCGGGACCGCACUGGCAACAUCUAGAGAUAACACGUGGUUUGAGAUUAGCCGCAUCUGAGCAUGCGCAGCCCCCAAUGACACACCUGCCUUGCAUUUUCUCUCCUUUUUUACCGCCGCGGCUGCAACAACUCUUUUGGCCAUCAGAAGCGCUGUCUGUGGUGUAGCGCUGCAGAUAAAAAAAAGGAAAAGAAAGAAAACGCGAGGAAUCGACCAGCUCGGCACCCAAUACAAGCUAUGCGGUGAGAUCAUCCGCUGUUAGCGGUGUCAUCAUUCCGGCAGCCCGUCGCAGAUGUAUUGCACAUAGUCUGUUUUUUUUUGUUUUUUUUUCGAUGUUACAUCACCGAAAGUGCUUCUGACGGCCAUCAUGCAAGGUGUAUGUAGCCACGGCGACAAAAAAAAAAGACAGGAAACGCAAGGGAGGCACAUUAUAGGACUUCACAUGCUCAGAUGCGGCCUAUCUCAAACCACACGCAGCCCCGAGCUCAACACUCCAGCAUUCUAGACAAGCGUUUCGACCUCAGUAUGAGCCAUGCUGCAUUACUGGCUAAAAGCUGGCUACUCAGGAACUGACUGUUCCUGAGUAGCCAGCUGUUAUAAAUGAGUGGUGAGUGUCGGAAAGAAAGCAGGUGUCGGACAAAUUCUACAGGUUACAAAUAUUUAUGCCUGCAUUUUCAUCGACAUCAUACAAGGUGUAUUUGUUAUUGCAGUUAGAGUAUGACUAAUGCUGCACGUCAUUCUAAGAAACAUGGAGCCUAAUGUGCAAAUAUCUAGACUGAACAAACUUCUGAAGGACUUGGCAAUACUAAGUGUCCACUCGCAACCUUGAAUGUGGAUCUGUCUUGCUGCAGAUGCCACAUGAUGCCUCCAGCUGAUGUCUGUGUACUCAUAGCGGUAAUAUUGUUUCCACAAGAGAAUAUUGUUCAGAUCAGCCUGGAAUGGUUAAAUGCACGACAUUCAGUAAACAGAAUGUGUUACCGUAUCGAAACUUUGAUUUAAUUCUUUUUCCAUUGAGUAAAGUUUUGUUGGUGGCAGCUUUAUGCAAGUAGGAAUGUAUCUUGAAAGUGAUGAAGCAUUAUGCUGUUGAGCUUCAUGUUUCUACUGCUGCACUGUGUUAGUUUUUGUUGGUAGUCAUCGACAAGGAUCAACAAUUUUCAUGUCCUCCUCUGUACUUGGUACACAGACAUCCGUGUCAUACACAGUGUGCCAGCAAUGUGUUGUAAUCGUGACAACAUGUACUCUGUUAAUUAUGCAUAUCAUAUUAACUAUUUCAAAGCUAAUUUAAGUGAAGCAUGGCAAAAUGUAAUAAACUGCCAGCUUCCUGUUUCCUACUCUGUGAUCGAGCCAUUUCUGGUGUGCCACAAUUGCAGCCAUCGCUGCAUCGACUUAAAGUUGCUCAGGGUAAUAUCUCUGUACUUGUCUCUGUACCUUUUUUUUUUGUUCACUCAAUAUAAUCAGCUGUGCAUAGUGUAAACCUAGCUGGAUUUCAUUAUAUGCGUUCCUCACUUGUCAACAGCACUAAGUUAGGUCCUGCAUUUUAUGACUCGACUUGUGUGCAAGAAUUAGACAGCUACACAUUAUGUGCCUUGCUCUUUGAAUGUUGCUGUUGUAUAGCAGAAAACGCUUGGGACUCGCCGAGAGUAUUCUUUGAAAUGACACACGUGUCUCAGUAUAAAUGCCCCACAUAUGCCUCAGAUAUGUAAAAGCAUAUUUAUGUCCUACGUGCGAUUUUGAGUUUGUGCACGGUUGUACGCAAGUUUUCUGCUCGUCCAUCUGUGCUUGUAACAGCAUUCCACUCAUUGAAAUGUUUAAAGUUCAUUUCAUUACUGGCUGCUUUCUUUUGCUGUCUGUGCUGCCUUUACUGUAGUGUUUCCAUUUUAUAACGCAAUGUAGGACUAUUUCCACGUUGCCUAUUGUAGCACUUUAUCAGACAGGCUAAAACAUAUCUUCGGAUAGAACCUGAUUCAGCACGAGCAUCUUGCAUGGCUGUCAUGCUAGAAAUUAGUGGUGCAGCCAGUAUAGCACAGUAUAUCUGCGUGAUUAGCAUGCAUCCAUCAUCUUAGGAGAACAGUUAUAUGUAUAUAUUGUUGUAGUAAGUUAUUUUGUGGUCCUUACAGGGGACACUGAAGGGAAACUAUAAAUGAGUUCAAAUUGCCAUGGUAUCCUCUCAAUGAGAAGCUAUGGUUUCAUUCAUUUGUUCAAAGAAGCAAAGAAGGUGCACUACUAUACUGCCAGGAAAUACAGGCCUAGCUUCCAUUUGUCUGAAUCUCGCACGAAAACCUUGGAACCGAUAUAUCACUGUGGUGUCACAAAUUUCAAUCAAUUUCUUGUAUUUAGGCCAUUUUGGCAGCGGGUUAAGUUUGCAGGUCUUUGUAACUUGGGACACUAGCCAUGCUGGCACUCGCAGAUGGGAAAGUGUGAAUUGCCGGUCCCUCUUCUGUUUUUGUUACUGUGCACAAAAGAUCUACUAUGGCGAUUGAAAGAAACGCAAAAAGUGCGGCAUCUACAUUCGCUGCUGUUUCGCAUUUCUUUUCAAGCGGUUGCAGCCUGGAUGGUAAUAAAAAGCCAAUGGAGUUAUCCGUGAUACAAUCGAGAACCACUUUAGCAUCUUUUUAUUGGCACCAAGGUCAGAGCACGAAAACAGCGUGCCACGCUGUUCGCGUUUCUUGCAAUCCCCCCUGUACCUACUAUAUCUAGCUGCAAUACGCUGAUGGCAUGGUGCAAUGUGCAGCGAGAUUUUUCUCUUUUUUUUUUCCAGUAAAAUCAAAAGUACAAGUGUUGUGCAUUUAGCUUAGGGUUUGUGUGACACAAGAAGAAAAUUAUGCAAGCGCCAGGGUGUAUACACUCAAACCUUGAUUUCUUCUCACGGCUGACAUUGUUUGCUUGCGGUAUGUCUGCCCUCAUGCCUUGUUCUUCUUUCUACACCAUCAGUGCUUUCUUGAUUCAGUGUCGAUUCGAACUGUUGGAUGGAUGUCAUCUGUAUUACUCUGGUAUCAGAAUCCAGUCACCCGUGCAGUAUUACCUAGAAACAUUCCAUUGUUCGGCUUGCAUGUACUAUUUAGGAAAAUAACUUUCCUUUGGUACUUGUUGUGACUGGCCCUGAGUAUCCAAGUAAGGAACCUUGUUUACUGAUGUUCUAUGGAUGCCAGUCAUGAAAUGAAGGUGCCUUUUUUUUUUUUACUCAUAAUUACGAUGUAUGUGUAUUGUGAUGAAAUGACCCGUUCAUACGAAAUAAGCAAUUUAUAUGGAGAUCCUGCCAUUUUACACAGGUGCUCCUUUGAUAAAGUUCUUGCACGCUAUUACUAUAUUUUUAAUGUUGCUUUGCUGAAAAAAAAUUAUUUUGUUGCAUAUGUACAUAUAAGAAAUUUUUUGCCAUGUGUAUCUUGAAUGCUGUAAUACAUAUUUUGAAUAAAAUUAACAGUAUUGAAGGCCUUUAUUGGCCAAUACAAAUGUACUA